AUGAUGCGCCCAAGGCCUGCGUCUUCCAUGCAGAAGACGUACGACGAGUGUUACCUCGCAUGCUCAACCGCGGUAUACUUUGAGGGCCAGAACAACGAAGAAGAAGCACUACGGUCCUGGCGAUCCGCUCUCGAGACCAUUUACCAUCACAAUGCCCGCCGACUGCCGUCGAAUUACACCCCGAAAUCCGAAACCGAGAAAGCCCUGCAGGAUUCCAUCCGAGCGCUGGAGAUCCAAUGCCGAGAACGGGUCGAUCUGCUAGGCGCUCUCCGAGCGAGCAGGAAGGAGUCAUCAGAUGCGAAGGCUAAUGGUAGUAAGGAGCCUGCGACUCUCGUCAAGGGCAAGUUUGUCCCCAGUAUGCCGCCGCCGACUUCCAACCCGCCCGGCUGGAUCGGUGACGGAACUAUCCCUGCUGUGGGCUACACCGACCUUUCCAAGCCUGCUGCCAUACCCGGUCGUCCGUCGCUUCCAAUGCGACAGAGCCAUGAGUCGCAUCAUGUCUACGAUGAUCCUGGUCCGGCGAUGGCGUCGACUGCUACGCCGGCGCUGCGGGUGAACUCAAAUUCUUCGGGCAAGACCAAGUCGCGUGGAUCGAGUCCUGAGCGCCGGAAGCCGAUGUUGACAACUCUGCGCAGCGCUGACGGGAAGAAAAAUGGCAAAAAGGUGAAGGUUGCGUCGAAGAAGAAAGACUCGCGGCCUGCGGCUUCUAAGGCUGCUGGUCUGGCAUGGGGUAAUAUCUACCGCUCGCCAUCAGGAUCGGGCGAGAAGCAUGUGAGCGAUGCAGCUGCGGCGUCUAGGCAAAGUGCUGCCAACGAUGUUAUUCGUAGAGACUUGGAUCCCAGAUCGAGUUCUGGAGAUGAGCCUUCGACGAGGGUUCGCACCUCCCGGGAUCUUACGGCAGACCGAAUCCCUGCUGCACACUGGCGAGAGCCUCAUGUGUCGUCACCGAAGCGGUCUUCACCUAAGCCGCCUACUCUACCCCCUCAACCUCCAUCGCACCGUCCUCAACCCCCAUCCGAACGUCAAAAAAUACCUCCUCCUUCUCCCAUGUCGAUGCCGGAUCCGAACGACUUCGGGGGACCACCCAAACCCUCUAUCAAACCUAAGCCGGUGGCCUUGCGGUCUUCUCAGCCGUCGAGCCACUCGGUCCAGACGUCUAGGUCUGAGCAGAACUCCCGGGCGGUGACACCCCGGCUGGACCGUGAGACACAUUCGAGCGAUAAGCAGCGAACGAAGUCUGCGCCUAGGAUUCCUGGCAUGGCUCCGAUGGCCCGUGUCUCUCCAUCAUCCGGUAGUGGCGAUGACCUCCAUCGUGGUGUCCAUCGGAUGGCUAUCUCACCAAGGAAUGGCGAAAGUGCAACACGGCGGAAACCUCCACCUGUCAAAAGGAGAGAGACACCACCUUCUAGUGACCCGGAGUCUUCGGCCCAAUCAAGUGAGAAUGAGGCUGAGGAUGAAGACGAAGAAGAGAAUGAUGAUCUUGCGAAGAUUAUGAACAAGCUGCCCAAGGGUGUGGAUCCGCAAUCAGCGAAGCAGAUCCUAAACGAUAUCGUGGUGCGCGGCGAUGAAGUGCACUGGGACGAUAUAGCCGGAUUAGAAGGCGCCAAAAAGGCCCUGAAAGAAGCAGUCGUCUACCCAUUCCUUCGACCAGACCUCUUCUCCGGCCUCCGGGAACCAGCUCGCGGAAUGCUCCUAUUCGGCCCCCCAGGCACAGGCAAAACAAUGCUCGCACGAGCAGUAGCCACAGAAUCAAAGUCAACAUUCUUCUCCGUCUCUGCAUCAAGCCUGACAUCGAAAUGGCAUGGCGAAAGCGAGAAGCUCGUGCGCGCCUUGUUCGGCCUCGCCAAAGCCCUCGCCCCAUCCAUCAUCUUUGUUGACGAAAUCGACUCUCUCCUCUCUGCCCGAUCAUCAGGUUCCGAACACGAGGCAUCCCGUCGGUCAAAGACGGAAUUCCUCGUUCAAUGGUCUGAUCUACAGCGUGCAGCUGCGGGCCGCGAACAGACUAGCCGUGAAAAGAAAGAAGGCGACCCUAGCCGUGUUCUCGUCCUCGCUGCUACCAAUAUGCCAUGGGAUAUCGACGAAGCUGCUCGUCGCCGUUUCGUUCGUCGACAAUACAUCCCUCUACCAGAACAUCAUGUCCGCGAACAGCAGAUUCGGAGACUACUAAGUCAUCAGCAUCAUGAGCUCGGUGAUGAAGAUAUUCAAGUUCUGGUCCAUGUAACAGAAGGUAUUCCAUCCCCAUCCAAAAUCCCAUCUCAUCAUACUCCAAAUUCGAACAACAUAUUAACUCCACAACCAGGUUUCUCAGGUUCAGACAUAACAGCCCUAGCAAAAGACGCCGCAAUGGGCCCCCUCCGCAAUUUAGGCGAAGCACUCCUCCACACACCAAUGGAUCAAAUCAGAGCUAUCAUCUUCCAGGACUUCGAGGCUAGUCUUUAUUCUAUUCGGCCUAGUGUUUCUCCGGACGGGCUGAAGAAAUAUGAAGACUGGGCUAAGGAGUUUGGUGAGCGAGGUGGCUAG